AUGCUGCCUCCACUGCUGCUGCCUCCGCUGCUGCUGCCCCUGCUGUGGGCAGGGUCCCUGGCUCAGCAUUCAAGAUUCUGGCUGCAAGUGCAGGAGACCGUGAAGGUGCAGGAGGGCCUGUGUGUGCAUGUGCCCUGCAGCUUCUCCUACCCCAAACGCGAAUACACUGACGGUGACCCAGCUUACGGCUACUGGUUCCAGGAAGGGAGUGAUUACAGCCAGCAUGUUCUAGUGGCCACAAACAACCCAGAUCGAGAAGUGCAGGAGGAGACCCAGGGCCGAUUCCACCUCCUCGGGGACCCCCAACACUACAACUGCUCCCUGGACAUCAGGGAUGCACAGAGAAGGGACUCGGGGACAUACUUCUUUAGGGUGGAGAGAGGGCCUUAUGUGAAAUAUAAUUACAUACAGAACCAGCUCUCCGUGCGUGUGACGGCCCUGACCCACACACCUGACAUCCUCAUCCUGGGGACCCUGGAGUCUGGCCGCCCCGGGAACCUGACCUGCUCUGUGCCCUGGGCCUGUGAGCGGGGCACGCCCCCCAUCUUCUCCUGGACGUCAGUGGCCCUCACCUCCCUGGGCCCCAGGACCCACUUCUCCUCGGUGCUCACCCUCACCCCACGGCCCCAGGACCAUGGCACCAACCUCACCUGUCAGGUGUACUUCCCUGCAGCUGGUGUGAUGGUGGAAAGGACCAUCCAACUCAAUGUCACCCGAAAAUCAGGGCCUGUGGCAGAAUUGGUUUCGGUGGCCAUUGGGGAAGCUGCUGUCAAGACCCUGUUCCUCCUCCUCUGCCUCAUCAUCCUCAUACUGAAAGACCCUGGUCUCUUCUCUCAGAGGGAGGUUCCUCAGGAAGAAGACAGCCAGGCCUGCAGGGGACCUGGCGGAGGCAAACAUGGCCCCCAGUUAAUCCCUCAGGAAGCCCAUACAUGCUCCAUCUCACAGAUGCUGCUGCUGCCGUUUUUUCUGCCCCUGCUGUGGGCAGGGUCCCUGGCUCAGCGUUCAAGAUUCCGGCUGAAAGUGCCAGCGUCCCUGAUGGUGCAGGAGGGCCUGUGUGUGCAUGUGCCCUGCAGCUUCUCCUACCCCAAACGCGAAUACACUGACGGUGACCCAGCUUACGGCUACUGGUUCCAGGAAGGGAGUGAUUACAGCCAGCAUGUUCUAGUGGCCACAAACAACCCAGAUCGAGAAGUGCAGGAGGAGACCCAGGGCCGAUUCCACCUCCUCGGGGACCCCCGACACUACAACUGCUCCCUGGACAUCAGGGAUGCACAGAGAAGGGACUCGGGGACAUACUUCUUUAGGGUGGAGAGAGGGCCUUAUGUGAAAUAUAAUUACCUACAGAACCAGCUCUCCGUGCGUGUGACGGGGUCCCUGGCUCAGCAUUCAAGAUUCUGGCUGCAAGUGCAGGAGACCGUGAAGGUGCAGGAGGGCCUGUGUGUGCAUGUGCCCUGCAGCUUCUCCUACCCCAAACGCGAAUACACUGACGGUGACCCAGCUUAUGGCUACUGGUUCCGGGAAGGGAGUGAUUACAGCCAGCAUGUUCUAGUGGCCACAAACAACCCAGAUCGAGAAGUGCAGGAGGAGAUCCAGGGCCGAUUCCACCUCCUCGGGGACCCCCGACACUACAACUGCUCCCUGGACAUCAGGGAUGCACAGAGAAGGGACUCGGGGACAUACUUCUUUAGGGUGGAGAGAGGGCCUUAUGUGAAAUAUAAUUACAUACAGAACCAGCUCUCCGUGCGUGUGACGGCUCUGACACAAAUACCUGACGUCCACAUCCAGGAGCCCCUAGAAUCUGACCACCCCAAGAACAUUACCUGUAGUGUGCCAUGGGCCUGUAAGAGGGGGACACCCCCCACCUUCUCCUGGAUCGGGGUCGCCCUCACCUCCAGGGGCUCCAAGACUCCCCACUCCUCCAUGCUCACCUUCACCCCGAGGCCCCAGGACCACGGCACCAACCUCACCUGUCAAGUGACCCUCCCUGGAGCUGGUGUGAGCACGGAGAGGACCAUCCAGCUCAACGUGUCCUAUGCACCCCAGAACCUGACCAUCAGUGUGUUCCGAAGAGAAGGUGCAGGACCUGAGGCUCUGGGCAACGGUUCAUCUCUCCCAGUCCAGGAGGGCCAGCCCCUGCACCUGGUCUGCAUUGAUGACAGCAACCCUUCCGCUAGGGUGAGCUGGACCCGGGGUAGCCUGACCCUGCAGCCCUCACAACCCUCAAAUCCUGGGGUCCUGGAUUUGCCCCGGGUGGAACUGGGGGACCAUGGGAGAUACGUCUGCAGAGCUCAGCACCUGUUGGGGUCCCUGGAAGCGUCCCUGAGCCUCCUUGUGAAGAACCCCCCGAAGCUGUUUGCUCCCUCCUGCUCCUGGGAGGGUGAGAACUUGCACUGCCACUGCUCCGCUCAAUCCCAGCUGCCCCCUUCUCUGCGCUGGCGGCUGGGGGAGGGGCUGCUGGAGGGGAACCACAGCAACACUUCCUGGACCACCACCUCCAGCUCUGCGGGGCCCUGGGCCAACAGCUCCCUGAGCCUCAGAGGGCCGCUGGGCUCCAGCCUCAGACUCAGCUGUGAGGCCCGGAAUGCCCACGGAAAACAGAGCAUGGCUAUCCUGGUGCUGCCAGGGAGACCAGGGUCCAGGACAGGUGUGAUUCAGGGGGCCAUCUGGGGAGCUGGAGUCACAGCCCUGCUUGCUCUCUGUCUCUGCCUUAUCAUCUUCUUCGCAGUGAAGACCUACAGGCAGAAAUCCAGCCAGAAAGCAUUGCGCAGGGAUGGCGUCCAUCCGGCCUUGAAUACAGUCUCCCAGGAUCACCUGAGCAAACCCUGGUCAGACAGCUUCUCAGACCCCUUGCCCCCAGCUGGGGCCACCUCCCCCUCUGAGAAGGAGCAGGAGCUCCACUACGCCAACCUCAGGUUUCACAGGCUGAAGCCACAGAACUUUCAGGACCAGGAGACCACUGAGUAUGCAGAGAUCAAGAUCCAGAAAUGA